AACUACUGAGCCAAGCGAAAGCUUUGCUUCAUCCCCCACCCUCUCACCUUCUCUUCGCCGCCCUCCACCUCUCCCCUCUCCUCCCCACAGAUUCGCUCGAUUGGUGUUCUUCGCGUGCUGAGCCCCGCCUAAUCAUCUCGUCAAAAGGACGGCAUAGCCUCUGCACAUCUUCUUGCCGCAAGAAUCGCGGCGAGCGACCAAUUUGGUGGGAGAUCCUUGGAAGGAAGGAGUCUCCACUUCUCCAAGAUUUCAAGCGCCGGUGGGGCGGGGUGGGCGGAGAGGAAGGGGGAAUGAUUCAGCUGCUGUUCCUGGUGCUGUUCGCGGAGGGCGCGGCGGCGCUGCUGCUGAUGGUGAAGAUCGGGCCGCUGCGGGAGCUGGCGAUGCGGGGCGUCGAGCAGGCCAAGGACGGCAAGGGCCCCGCCGCGGUGAAGACGCUCGCAUGCACGCUGCUCGUCAUCUUCAUGUCCAGCGUCACCAGCAUCCUCAGGAUCCAGAACCGCGGCGCCAAGCUCGGCACCGUCAGCCCCAUGGACCAGGUGCUCUGGCGGACGCACCUCCUCGAGGCCUCCCUCAUCGGGUACAUACUAUUCCUCGCAUUUGUCAUUGACCGGUUGCACCACUACCACCGGAAGCUGACCAUACUCAAGAAAACCGCAAACACCUCCAGGGAAGAGGUUGAGAAACUACAAAAUGAGCUCCAAGGCAAGGAAGAUAACUCCAAGGAAAUUAAGAAGCUUCGUGGGGAAUUAGCCACCCUUAGUGAAAAGAUGAAGAAGCUAAAGUUUGAGUCAGAAGAGCAUGAAAGGCGGAGAUUGGAGGCCGAAGCGCAUGUCAAUGCCCUACAGAAGCAAUCUGAGGAGCUUCUGCUAGAAUAUGACCGGUUGUUGGAAGAUAACCAAAUAUUGCAGACACAGGUUCUUUCUCUCAGAAGCUGAGGCCUACAAUGUACAACUGGUGUAACGUCCAAACUCUUACAAAGGGGCAUUGGACUGCCAUGAUUUUGUUCUAGCUCAGAUGUCUGUAACCUAUAAUGUGGCAUGUGUUCGUUGCUCCAAGUUCUUUUUGCAACAGAUUAGCCAGAUCCGGUUUUGCGUGAUAUAGAGGGAAGCAAAUUUGGUAUCCUGAAUUAGGAAAUCAGGACACCAAAACUCUACAAUUCAGGGUGUCGGUAUAGAGGUGAUUAAUGAUGAGAAGCUAGAGUCUCGAUCUUACAAAAGGUAUGUAUAGGUUUAUUACGAAGACUUGACGUUAAUGAUUCAAAGGUCCUGCCCAGAACAAUUAAGCCCAUCA